AAAAAAUAAAACCCGAUGAUGAAAUGACACUUGGGCAAACACACUCAUGCCACUUCCGUCCCAGAUCUUGUCUCCCCAAGACAUGAACCCUAGCAUCCCUGAUGCACCUCCUUUAAGAUGGCGAGCAUCAAGGCCUCAUUAAAGGCUAUUAAUGAUGCCAUUCGCCAACAAAAAUGGGACGAUGCUCUAGCACAGACCGAAAAUGUCAUCUCCAGAGAUGCGCGUAAUUACCAAGCUCAUGUGUUCAAGGCCUUUGCCUUGGACAAGAAGAACCAACCGGAACUGGCCGAGGUCGCCUACCAAACUGCUAUCGGUAUUCGAUCCGAUGCUCAAGCAUGGCAAGGCCUGAUCAAAAUCUACGAGAAACAAGGUCCGAAGGCCGUCCAGAAAUACCAGCUAGCUGCUCUCAAGCUUGCCGAGAUAUUCAGGGAUGCCAAUGAGAUGUAUAAGUGUCAAGACGUUGUAGACAAAUUUAUUGAUUUCGCUCGUGCCCGUUGUGAUCGAGCUCAAUACGUCCAGGCGCUUCACCUCAUCCUCCCCAAUAGCCCUAUCUAUCCCGCUCUCGAGGGCCGCGUUCCCCACCCUUCUAAAACUUACGAGACAAUAGCUCAGAUCCUAGAGGUGGAUGAGAAAAAACGCAUCAAUACGCUCAUUGGCGAGCGCCGCACGAGGCUGGGUGCUAAGCUUAGUGAAGUCACCCUCGAGGUCAACAGAGAAGUCCUAUGCCAGAGCGAGCUAUGCAAUAUCUACGAACAGCUCACUCUUUGGGUUCAGGAUGACGAUGUCCGACGCCAAUAUGAAGAGAAAUUACUCCAAUUCCGAUACGACCGCCUUCUGGUGACCCCGUUGCCUGAUAAAGCUGCUGAACUUCAGGUAGUUGAGAAAUUGGCGAAUGACAUGGUCAUUAUCAAACACCCUUAUAAGCUUGCUUGGGAUAUAGCAGUUGAAUGGCGUGACCAUAAGGAGAUCAAGGACUGGGACGUCAAUGUACUUAACGAGUACUGUUCCUUCUUCCCGGAUAGCGAUCUCUAUCGUGUCUUGACUGGGUUCAUGACGAGCGACUUAUCCCCUUUUCCGAGGAAACCAGCAGAGGCUCCAGCGCCCGCACAAACAUCGGGUGCAGAUGAUGAAAGCUCAGAUGAUGAGGAUGGCGGCGCACCGACCUCGGUAAUACCGUAUACCGAUGAAGACAGGCUCAUAAUGAUGACAGAGGGUAUCUCGACUACUAACUCCCUGUUUGCUCAUAGGUUGAUGGGCGAAUACUAUCAACACUUGGAAGAGCACGAAAGCAAUGCAGAACUUAUGAAGAAGGCAAUGAAAACCAUGGUUGCGGAAACGGAGAAGACUGGGAAGAUAUUUACGAAUGCCAACCAGUCCUUCAUGAUUUACUUAGGUACUGCGUUGGUGUUUUAUCAAUCUCCAAGGAACCAUGGCGAAGCCAAGUUCCUUUUUGACAAGGUACUUGAAGCAGACCCCACAUCAACAUCAGCUAUGAUUGGUGUGGGUCUAAUUUAUGAGGAAGAAGAGGAGUACGACCAGGCGAUUGAUUUCCUAGGAAGAGCACUCGAGGGCGAUAGUGGCAACCUCCGUGUAUGCGCCGAGGUUGGAUGGUUAUAUGCACUGAAGGGGGAUUAUACGCGCGGCAAGGCAGAACUCGAAUCUCUUCUACCAUUGAUGCUACGUGCCUCGGUUUCCAAGGACUUACUAGCACAGACCCAGUAUCGACUAGGUUGCUGUAUCUGGAAUAUCGAUACUUCCAAAUCUGCUCGAAAGGACCGGAAUGGUGCGUACGCAUACUUCCUAGAUGCUUUGAAAAGCAACUUAAACUAUGCGCCGGCAUAUAGUAGUCUCGGCAUAUAUUAUGCAGAUUACGCGAAAGACAAAAAAAGGGCUCGGCGAUGCUUUCUCAAAGCAGUGGAGCUGUCCUCGGCUGAAGUCGAGUCUGCCGAAAGGCUUGCCCGAUCGUUCGCCGAUGACGGAGAUUGGGACAGAGUUGAACUCGUGGCACAGCGAGUUGUGGAUUCGGGCAAAGUUAGGCCACCUCCUGGGUCCAAGAAGAAGGGCAUUAGUUGGCCCCUCUCUGCCUUGGGAGUUGCUGAACUAAAUAAGCAAGAUUAUGCUAAAGCUAUUGUGUCGUUUCAGCAAGCUCUGCGAAUAGCUCCCGAAGAUUACCAUUCAUGGGUCGGCCUCGGGGAAAGCUAUCAUAAUUCUGGGCGAUAUAUCGCUGCGACAAAAGCCAUUCAAAAUGCUCAGAGAUUUGAGGAGCGUGAGGAUGGCGACAAACUUGGCGGCACCUGGUUUACUAAUUACAUGCUCGCCAAUGUUAAACGCGAGCUUGGCGAGUUCGACGACGCCAUUACUCUAUAUCGUGAGGUCAUAUCAACCCGACCAGGCGAGGAGGGUGUCGCUAUAGCUUUGAUGCAAACCAUGGUUGAAAAUGCCCUGGAUUGUGUUGAAAAGGGCUUGUUUGGGAAGUCUGCCGAGCUAGCCACCGAGACCUUAUCUUUCGCCCUCACCGUACCCACUCACAUAGCUACCACCUUCAAUUUUUGGAAGACAAUUGGUGAUUCAUGUUCUAUCUUCUCUUCCGUCCAAAGUCAUAUACAUGAUUUCCCUACCGAAAAACUUCGAACACUACUCAAUAUAGGUUCAGAUGACAAAUCGGCUUAUGCGGUAUUAGAAGAUAUUGACGGCGUGGGUAAAGAUGUCGUGCUAGCUGAAGGUAUCUUUUCAGAUGACGAACAACUCGGGGUGGAUCUUACGCGAAGUCUUCACGCAACCAUUCUAGCUCACAAACGAGCAAUCUACGAGUCGGCUAAUGAUAUUCAUGCCCAAGCCGUCGCAUAUUAUAAUUUAGGCUGGGCCGAAAAUCGAGCCCAUCUCUGCCUUCCUCCCGAUCUUCGUGUUCAAUCUAGUCGAUACCAGAAGGCUGCCGUUCGAAGUUUCAAGCGUGCGAUAGAGCUUGAAGCCGGCAAUUCGGAAUUCUGGAAUUCACUAGGCGUUGUCACAAGCGAAAUUAAUCCCUCUGUAGCACAACAUGCAUUCGUGCGGAGUCUAUUCCUCAAUGAACGAGGUGCACACGCAUGGACGAAUCUUGGUGCUUUAGCACUUCUUCAAAAUGAUAUUCAACUCGCGAAUGAGGCCUUUACACGAGCCCAGUCCAAUGAUCCCGAUUAUGCCCACGCAUGGCUAGGCCAAGGCUUCGUUGCACUAUUAUAUGGCGAUCCCAAAGAAGCUCGUGGUCUUUUCACUCAUGCAAUGGAUAUUUCAGAAUCAUCAUCGCUUUUAACCAGGCGUCAGUAUCCAACGUCGUUAUUCGACCAUAUUCUUACAAGCCCUCCAAAUUUGGGUGUCACGUCUCUUAUUCAACCACUAUUCGCUCUUGCCCAACUGCGACGUCUCGAUCCCCAAGGCCUUUCUUAUCAGCACCUUUCAACGCUAUAUCAAGAACGAGCUCAUGACAUCUUGAGGGCGAUAGAUACACUCGAGAAAGCUUGCGAACAACUGGAGGCGAAUUACGAAGCUACUGAGUCGGCGGAAUCUCUCGCCCGGUUUGCCUUAGCCAAGACAGAUCUCGCACGGUCUUACCUAUCAGCCGGCGAAUAUUUGAAAGCUUCCGAGUGUGGAGAGAUGGCCUUGCAGUUAAGCAGCGACGAUUCCGCAAACGAACUCACAGCGGAGCAACGCAAAAAAGCUCGAUUAUCAGCACACCUGACUGUUGGCCUAGCCGAAUAUUUCUCCGAAAAUGUAGAAGCGGCUGUGUCGUACUUCGAGACCGCGCUUGACGAGUCUGAUGGUAACCCGGAUGCUGUCUGUGUUCUAGCUCAGAUGUUAUGGGCCACAGGUACUGAAGAAGCUAGGGAAAGAGCACGUACUGUCCUCUUUGACGUGAUCGAGAAAGACUCAAGACACGUACAAUCCGUACUUCUAUUAGGAAUCAUCGCGUUGCUAGACGAGGAUGAGGAGUCGCUAGAAGCCGUAACUUCAGAGCUCCAAACACUCCGCACCAGUGAUAAGGUUACUGAUGCAGAACAUUCUCAAAUCGGAGAGGUAUUCCGCGCUGUUGCCGUUUUGUCGGAGACUAGUACAGAUGCCGAUGUCCUUACCCAACUCCAAAACGAUGUUAUGUUAUACCCACACCUACCACAUGGGUGGUCUAGGUUGGCCGAGGUUAGCGGGGAAGAAUAUCCGGCAGACAUGGCCCUGAAGGUGGCAUUGAAGGCUAUCCCACCCCGAGGUGAACUUGGCGCCGUGGACCUUGCUGAUGCAUACGCUGGGACUGGAAAAGCUGCCGAUGCACAGACAGCAAUCUUCAUCGCCCCUUGGAAUAGUAGUGGUUGGGAAUCCCUAGGUAGUGCGGUUGCCUCCUAAAACCGCACUAUCGGUGCUCGGCACAGUUGAUGACACCGCCAUUUAACAUAUCGAAUAUUUUGGGCUGCGAGUGAGCUGGGGACAAGAUGGUUGGACGAGCCCUUCAUGUUGGGAACGAUGAUGUUAUGUACGAAUGAACGAUGACCAUGGCUACUUCACAUGAUGGGAAAAAAAUGUAAAGUUGAGUUUCAAAAUAUGAUUCCGAGUCAUCUUACCAAACUAUAGGAGAAUAUCUCCAAUCUUGUGAUUCCCCCUUGACU